AUGCAGCUCGCCGCUCUGUGCACCGACCCCGUCGUGCUCUCCUGCACCUUCCUGUGCCUCCUGCUCCACCUUGCGCUCCGCCGCUCCCUGAGCCGCAGCUCCCGGCUCCCGCCGGGGCCUCCUGGCGUUCCCAUUCUCGGCGCGAUGCCGUUCGUCGGCCCGGCCCCGCACACCGGCCUCGCGGCGCUGGCGCGCAAGUACGGCCCCGUCAUGUACCUGCGGAUGGGCACCUGCGGCGUGGUGGUGGCCUCGUCGCCGUCGGCCGCGCGGACGUUCCUCAAGGCGCUGGACGCGCGCUUCGCGAACCGGCCGGCGGUGGCCAGCGCGGCGGACAUCACCUACGGGCGCCAGAACAUGGUGUUCGCCGACUACGGGCCCAAGUGGAAGCUGAUGCGGAAGUUGGCGAGCGUGCACCUGCUCGGGGCGCGCGCGGUCGCGGACUGGGCUUGCGUGCGCCGCGACGAGGCGGGGCGCGCCCUGCGCGGCAUGGCGGAGGCCGCCGAGGCCGGGCGGGCCGUGGUGGUGCCGGAGGUGCUGGUGUGCGCGCUGGCCAACAUCGUGGGGCAGAUCACGGUGAGCAGGCGGGUGUUCGACGCGCAGGGCGACGAGUCGAGCAGCUACAAGGAGAUGAUCGUGUCGCUGCUGACCGGCACGGGGCUGUUCAACAUCAGCGACUUCGUGCCGGCGCUGUCGCGGCUGGACCUGCAGGGGGUGCAGGCCAGGCUGCGCCGGGUGCACCGCCAGUUCGACGGGCUCAUCACCAAGCUGCUGGCGGAGCACGCGGCGACGGCCGAGGACCGCGCCCGGGAGGGCCGGCUCGACUUCGUGGACAGGCUCCGCGCCAGCAGCAACGACGAGGACGACAACGACGGCGAGACCAUCACCGAGGACAUGUUCACGGCCGGCACGGACACGUCGUCGAUCAUCGUGGAGUGGGCAAUGGCGGAGAUGAUCAACAAUCCGUCUAUCAUGGCGCGUGCCCAGGAGGAGAUGGACCGUGUCAUCGGCCGUAACCGCCGCAUCGAGGAAUCCGACAUCGCCAACCUCCCCUACCUGCAGGCCAUAUGCAAAGAGGCCAUGCGGCUCCACCCGUCCACGCCGCUCAGCCUGCCGCACUUCUCCUUCGAGGAGUGUGAGGUGGACGGCCACCACGUCCCCGCCAACACGCGGCUCCUCAUCAACAUCUGGGCCAUCGGCCGCGACCCGGCGGCGUGGGAGGACCCCCUGGAGUUCCGGCCGGAGCGGUUCCUGUCCGGGCCGGCGGCCAAGAUCGACCCCAUGGGGAACAACUUCGAGCUGAUCCCGUUCGGCGCCGGCAGAAGGAUAUGCGCCGGGAAGCUGGCCGGAAUGGUGUUUGUGCAGUACUUCCUCGGGACGCUGGUGCACGCGUUCGAGUGGAGGCUGCCGGAGGGCGAGGAGAAGGUGGACAUGGCUGAGACCUUCGGUCUGGCGCUCCCCAAGGCCGUCCCGCUCAAGGCCAUCGUCACCCCGCGGCUCGUGCCGGCCGCCUACACGUGA